AAUCUUUGAUGGUGGUGCUGGUGAUCAAAACAGAUACACCUUCCAUUUCACGUCAGUUCCAACAUUCUCUCUCAUCCCCCCUUCUCUCUCUCUCUCACUAUAAAUAUCGUAACACCUCUAUAUAUCAUCUCAUUAAUUCUCGUUCAAAUAUUUGACAUAUAUACAUAUAGAAAAGUUACGCAAAUGGGAGAUAACAACUUGAACAUGCCGCCCGGUUUCCGGUUCUACCCGACGGACGAGGAGCUGGUGGUCCAUUUCCUCCACCGCAAGGCGGCCCUGCUGCCCUGCCACCCGGAUGUCAUCCCUGACCUCGACCUUUACCCUUACGAUCCAUGGGACUUGCACGGUAAAGCAAUGUGCGAGGGCAACAAGUGGUACUUCUACAGUAGAAGAACGACACAGAGUAGAGUUGGUGGGAGUGGAUACUGGCAGCCAAUAGGAGUUGAGGAAGCCAUAUAUUCAGGUGGGCAGAGAGUUGGGAUGAAGAAAUGCAAUGCAUUCUACGUAGGGCAGCAGCCUUCUCAAGGAGUCAAAACCAAUUGGAUAAUGCACGAAUACAGACUCUCCGAUUCCACUUCCUCCAAUAGAUCAUCGUCCAGAAGAAGAAGUUCCAAAAUCGAUUACAGCAAAUGGGUAGUUUGCCGAGUGUACGAGCGCAACUGCGAUAGCGAUGAUGACGAUGGGACGCAGCUAUCGUGCUUGGAUGAAGUUUUCCUGUCGCUUGAUGAUCUUGAUGAAAUCAGCUUGCCAAAUUAUAGUUAGGUCAAGAUUAUAAGAAAAAAAAAAUGGAAUUAGCUAGUAUAUAUUUUAACUAUUUAUAUAUAUAUGUUGGGGCUAGCUAGCUAGUUCAUUAGUGGAAUAUGCAAAUGUUAAUGUAUCUUUUUCUCUCUCUC